UCGGAAGAGAAAUUUGUUAAGUGAACAACAAACUAAAAACAAAAAGCGUUCAACAGCCCAGAUUUUAAAUAUGAAUUUUGAGCUCAACUUUUCGAAUAUGUGUCGUACGUGUCUUUCAGAGAACAUUAAAACGAAAUCCGUUUUUUUAUUAAACCAAAUCCAGGGGGAGCAGAUCUCGUUAUCAGAGAUGUUGAUGUAUUUAACAUCGAUACAGAUAUUAGAGGAGGAUGGUCUUCCGAAGCAGAUCUGUGAACAAUGUGCCGAAGAAGUAAAUAGGUCCUUUUUAUUCAGAAAAAUGUGCGAAAAGUCGCAUGAUACUUUAAGGCAUUAUAUGCAACCUCUUUUUCCCGUAACCACCAGUCACUUUAAAGAUGAAAAGAACGAAAUGAGUGUGGGUAACUCUGAGAAUUCGAUGGAUGACGGCGGUGGUAACGAUAUCAAUGGCGAUGACUAUGGCUGUCAAGGGCUUAUGGUCGUGGGAAAGAAUGAUGUUGACGAGGAUGAUAAAAUGAUAUCAAGUGAAAUGGAUAAAUCACCUCAUGACGCUUUGAAAAGAAAAGUAUAUCCGUGCAAACUUUGUGAAGCAUCUUGUUUAGGUUUAGCUGAAUAUAGGAGACAUAUGACAAGAUUUCACAAGGAAGUAUAUCAAUGUCAAGUGUGUCAUAAAGAAUUUAAAUCUGAAGUAGCCUUAAAGUGCCACUUUGAAUCUCAUACUAUCCCCGUGUGUACUGAUAAAGACUCUUCGAAGACUAAGCUGGCAAGAAAAAGGAAUGGCGUCAUAAAGAAACGUAAUCUACCUCGCACAUGUAACAUUUGCAAUAAAACAUUCCGUUUUCAUAGUAACUUAGAGCGGCACAAAUUGAUCCAUACCGGUGAAAAACCUUAUCUUUGUAACGUUUGCGGAAAAGGAUUUGCUCAAUUGUCAUAUUUAAAAAUUCAUUCGUUCAUACACACUGGCGAGAAGCCAUACAAGUGCAAGGUUUGCGAGAAAAGCUUUGCCGCGCCCGGUACACUUAUGACACACGUUCGUACGCAUACAGGCGAAAGGCCUCACGUUUGUAAAAUAUGUGGAAAGGACUUUCCGCAAUCUGGCUACUUGUCUGCGCACAUUAGAACGCAUACAGGCGAGAAACCGGUCGAAUGCAAAGUGUGUAAUCGCAGAUUUAAUCAGAGCGGUAGGCUUAUUAUUCACAUGCGUAUUCAUAGCGGGGAAAAACCGUACAAUUGUUCCGAAUGUGGGCGUAGCUUUGCCGUUAAGGGAACUCUCAAAAAACACAUCCGGACGCAUACCGGAGAAAGGCCGUACAUUUGUCGAAUAUGUGGCCAAGCAUUUGCACAGAGCGGCACUCUUGCCACACAUCAAAAAAUUCAUACUCGUACUCCGAAUUAAUAUGACAUUUCUUUGCGCAAUCAAAAUGUAGUGGAUGCACUAUUACUUUGUAACGGCUAUUCGGAACUAUGAAGUGAAGUUUUUCUAAUGCAUUGCACAAUUAGAAAAAUUAAACUUCAGUUAUGCAUAAAAAGAAAUGCCAUAAUGUUGGUUUGUUUUAUAGGUCCAGUUAGAAAUAGUGCCGACUUUAUUUUGACUAAGUAUAGGUACUUAUAUUCGUACACAUAUCAUGCUGUUAUAUGAUUUGGCGAAUAUCAUUUUUUUAAGAAUCGAAUAUUUAUCGUGAUAGUAUUUAGCAGCUAAUUUAAUAAAUUUAUUAAAUAUC